AUGUUAUCGCGAUUUGCUCGGCUUCGAAAAGUGGCUCGAGUCUUGUCAGUUGCGUCGCCACGGGUUAACCAGCAGGUUCUUCUGAGAAGAUCUUUGGCAACCACCUCCAGCGCACCGAAAGUGAUCCAAUUCGCGCUUUCUGAUAUCGGAGAAGGCACCAAAGAAGUCGUUGUCAAAGAAUGGUACGUCAAAGUCGGCCAGGUUGUCGAGGAGUUCGAUGAGCUCGUCGAAGUCCAGUCGGACAAGGCCAAUGUCGACAUAACGUCCCGAUACGCUGGUAAAAUUGUGAAAAUUCAUUACGAGAUCGAUGACGUCGCUCAGGUUGGUGACCCCCUCGUCGACAUUGAAAUUGAAGGCGAUGAUGACGACGAGCCAGUUGACAACUACGUCGACCACACUGAAUCUGCCGCUACUGAUGACGCGGUAGUGACCAAAUCAGAAGAAAAAUCUCACAAAGCGGGCGACAAGGUUAAAGCUUCACCAGCUGUUCGAAAGUUCGCGAAAGACAACCAAGUUGAUCUCAGCCUCGUCACUCCCACUGGCAAAGGAGGAACUAUCACGAGAGACGAUGUCGAAGCAUUCAUGGCAGGACCAGCUCCUGUUGCUGCUCCAGUUCCACCAGCAGUCCAAGUUGCUCAAGGAUCUGCUCCUCCAGCCCCCAAACCAAUUAAACAAAUGCCCGUGCGCGCCCAAGCUGCCACUUCAGGCGGUUCUCGAACUGAGCCACUCGGCCCCAUCGCCAAGGCCAUGCAGAAAUCAAUGACCGAAGCACUGAAGAUCCCCCACUUUGGCUACAACGAAGAAUACGACGUCACGAAUCUCGUCGAGCUGCGAAAAAUUCUCAAGCCCCUCGCCGCUGAAUACGGAAUCAAACUUAGCUACAUGCCAUUUAUUAUCAAAGCUGUUUCUCUUGCCCUGUCGGAAAGUCCGAUUCUGAACUCGUCGCUCUCGCCCGACGGAACUCAAAUUAUUUACCACGAAGACCACAACAUCGGAUUCGCAACAGACACUCCUCACGGCCUCCUCGUUCCUAACAUCAAACAAGUCCAAAAUCUCUCUAUCUUAGAAGUAGCCCAAGAGCUCAACCGUCUUCAUCAAGCUGGCCUUGAAAACAAGUUGAAGCCGGCUGACAUCCAGGGUGGAACUUUCUCCUUGUCCAAUAUUGGUGCUAUCGGUGGCACUUACGCUAAGCCCGUUAUUCUUGUUCCUCAGGUCGCUAUUGGCGCUAUCGGAAAGAUCCAAAGACUUCCACGAUUCGGCCCCAACGACGAAGUUGUUGCCCGACACCUGACAUACAUUUCCUGGACCGCUGAUCACAGAAUUAUCGAAGGCGCUCAGAUGGCGCGCUUCUCUAACAAACUGAAGCAGUAUCUCGAAGAACCCGGAUCGAUGAUGCUCCACCUCAGAUAA